GGCAUGGCCCCCCCGCCCACCGCCAACAGCCGUGCUCGCACCCCGCUCGUGCCCGGCUCAGACGGCAUGGGGAGCCAGCGACGGCACGCGCUCUGGCUGACGGCCUCGACGCCCGUGCUCCUCCUGCUCCUGCUGCUGCUGCCAAUGGUGCCAGAGAGCCUGGCCAAGGGCGCCAGGAACAGCGCCGCUAUGGAUACGGCCCUCAGGCAGAUCAACCUGUCCCUGCUCUACACGUUGGCCUGUGAUACGACGGUGAGCAGCGAGGUGCAAGUCAAGCGUUUCCAGUGCCUCCUCCGGAGCAUCGACCCCUCGGACAAGAUGGUGGUGCUUGGCUGCCAGUACAACGUGGGGGGCACCAUGGACGCUGCCGCCUUCCUCACGGCACUCUGCGAGAACAAGCUCAACUGCAACAAGGUGAAACGCACCCGUCGAGACGCGGGAAGUGCGCGUCGCGCUUUUCGGGCACGCUUUUAA